AGGGAUAAAACUCAUAACCUAGUUUCUUCUUAAAACGAGAUGUGCGAGCUGCGAACCUACGAAGUCAACUCGAAUCUUUUCGAAUUCGUUGCUUAGCAAGAACAAAUCGUACAAGAAGGUAGUUUUGGAUUCUGUUUUUUGUUAUGAAGCUUAAUAUUCGGGGGUUAUGUCGGCUCUUUUAACUGUAUUAAUGGAGAACCACAGAAGCUGACGUUUAUGAGAAGCAAAACCAGUAGCGUCUAGGGUCUAAGCUCGUCGAUUGCUCCUUGAACCAUUUAAUCUGCACUAUAGAGGGAUGGCGGGGGGCGUGAACUGGAGUGUGGAUGAGAUUCGCUUAAAAGAUUAUGAUCCAUCUACAGGGUCUUCUACUCUUAUUCAGGGCUCAAGCUCCUACGGUUCUCAGUUAACCCAGUCUGCUGCUUAUAGUCAAUUUCGGGAACCUUACGACAUUACUGAGUUCAACAGGACAGGUUCUUGGAGUUAUACACAAGGAAUUGAGGAAAUUGGCGGUUCGCCUAAUUCGGAUUUUGGCGGUUCGACUAAUUCGGAUUUUGGCGGUUCGCCUAAUUUGGAAAUUGAUCAGAUAUUGAGAAGUUUAGAAGAAGAGCUAUUGGGAUCAGGGACGGUGCGGGGCGUGGACUGGAGUGAGGAUGAGAUUCGCUUAAAAGAUUAUGACCUAUCUCAGAUGCCAGAUAUUCCGAUUUGCCCAUUCCUUGUGAAGUUGUUCUUGCAGGUUCCUCAUUUGACAGUCAUCCCUCCCACCUUCUUCGAACACAUGCCUGUGCUUCAGGUGUUAGAUAUCUCUAAUACAAACAUAGUGUCUUUGCCGACAUCCAUUUCUAGCUUAAGCUUGCUUCAGGAAUUUAUCUUGAGAGACUGUUCUGCUUUGAUUGAAUUACCAACUCAAAUUGGAAUGCUUUUGAAUCUCAAGUUGUUUGAUAUUCAAGGUACCCAACUCAUGUUUUUACCAAAGGAAAUGGGAAAGCUGAAAAAUUUAGAAAUUCUGCGCGUCUCUUUGUCUGAAUAUGCAAAAGACUACGUUAAAAGUAGUGUCAAUGAGACCGUAAUCCCUAGAAAGAUGAUAUCAGAACUCAAAAAAUUGAAGGAGUUGUGCGUUAUAAUCAGUGUAGGUCCAGAACCUGAGUGGUGGGAGGAAGAAGUAAAAUAUAUUCAAAGUGAAUUGUGUGAUCUAGAGAAUCUUGAAACUCUGAGAUGGUACUUGCCAACGACUGAAGUACUACAACAGUUUUUACUUCUUGAAAGAAAUCGUGUUCCAAUGUAUGCAAAUUUAUCCAAUUUGAUGUUAACCAUUGGUCAACAUGCACAACUUACAUCUUGCCUACCACAUGGACUUGAAGAGAAGUUUGAGGAAUUUAAGAACUGCCUAAAAUGGAUAAAUGCUGAAGGAAGCAUGGAUGCCAUCUCAAAGAUAAUGGCUAGUGCUGAAGCCUUGUUCUUGUCUCGCCAUUGGACAAUCAGAAAGCUCUCGACUUUUAAUGUUACAAAGCUGAAGUAUUGCUUACUUGCAGAAUGCAACGAGAUGGAAACUGUUGUUGAAGUAGAUGGCUUGUCUGAAGAUGUAGAAACUAGAAUAAAGAAUGGUGAAAAAGUUGGAUUUGAAUUGCUACAAUAUUUGAGUAUUCAUUACAUGAACAAGUUACAAAGUAUUUGGAAGGGACCGAUCGGCAAAGAUAGUCUUUCCAAACUAAGAAUCUUAUCAUUGCAUACAUGUCCAAAGUUGACUUCGAUUUUCACCCUAACAAUAGCUCAAAAUCUUUCAUGCUUGGCAGAGCUUACAGUUGAAGAUUGCCCUAAAGUUACGAGCCUCAUUAGUAAUGAAUCCCACAACAUUAAACUUGGUCUGGUUCUUCCAACCUUGGAGAAGAUUUUUCUCUUAGACCUACCCGUGUUGGUCAACAUUUUUGUUGGUCGAAUUAUGUUGGAGAAUCUAAGGACUAUGUUGAUCUAUAGUUGCCCUCGUUUCCGGGAUCUUUCUAACAUGGAGUUACCACGCAUAAAGAAGAUCGAAGGAGAGGAUGAAUGGUGGAAAGCAUUGGAUUGUGAUAAAUCCCCUUGGAAAAAUAUCUUUGUGCAACUUAAAAAAAGAAGAGCUUUGAUUGAGCAGUUAUCUGAGGCUACAAACUCUCUACAACAUUUCCAUGAUAUUCUAUCACACGGUGAAAGGAAGAAGGGGAGAACUAAACAUAAAGUUGCAGCUGUUCAGAAGCUUUAUGAUGCAUGCAGAGAUGUUUUUGCUAAUUGUGGCCCAGGUGUUGUUCCAGAUGCUCAGGGUAUUGAACGCCUGAAAGACAUUUUAAACGGAAUGACUGAACAUGAUGUUGGUGUCCGGCCUAAUAUGCCAUUUUUCAAGGUUAAAGAAACAGAGGGAUUUCCUAAAAUCACAUACCUACACCUUUCCGAAUGUGACAAAUUUUCGAUUGGAAUAUUUCUAUUGCCGCCAACGGGUGUCCUGCCACUCCACAACCACCCUCAGAUGACGGUUUUCAGUAAGCUUCUGUUUGGAACCAUGCACAUCAAAGCAUAUGAUUGGGUCGAUAAUAUUGCUUCAAGCUCUGCUCCUAAAUCCGAUUCAUCAGAGUGUGAAGAAACGGCUGAAGAAAAAACCGUUAGCGUACGUUUGGCAAAGCUCAAAGUCAACUCUGACUUCACUGCCCCAUGCAACACCUCAAUUCUCUACCCAACAGAUGGUGGGAACAUGCAUUGCUUUACAGCAAUAACAUCAUGUGCCGUUCUUGAUGUUUUGGGCCCGCCAUACUGUGAUGCCGAAGGCAGGCACUGCCAAUACUAUCGUACUCAUCCUUUCACCAGCUUUUCAGCUGGAGAUAAUAAACAGUUGCCUGGUGACGACGAGAAGGCGAAAGAGCUAGACUACGCAUGGCUCGAAGAGAUAGAUAAACCCGCAGGCUUAUCCGUGGUCGGAGCGCCAUACAACGGGCCGAGAAUCGUGGAGAAAUGAGUAGAGAUCGAUCCGGAGUUGAAAAUGGCUGCACAAAACAGAAAGUUUCGUCUGUUUUUGUUUCGCAUUUGUUUUGUUUUAGGAUUUGUUGGGUAAAGAUGGUUUUGGUUUGCUUUGGUUUAAGAUGUUGUACAUAAACUUGACUUGAGCAUAAGGGUAGUACAUAUUUUCUUGAGUUGGAACGACCAAAUAAAAGUACAACGGUUGCGGGAGGUACACAUUUGGUCGUUCUAUGUCGGGAAAAAGUAUUCACCAUAAAUGGGGAUGGAUAUAAAGCGUACUUGUUUAGGACCAACAUGAAGUGGUUUAUUUUUUUUAAUGGUUUGGUGAUAUUUGCUA